AUGAAUGAAUGGAGACUCGCUUCUGGUGUUUUGUGUGACAAGAAGGUGCAACCAAAACUUAAAGGUAACAACAGAGUGGUGGACAGACCGACGAUGUUGUCUGGGGCUGAGAGUUGGCCAGUCAAGAUCGCCCACAUCCAGAAGAUGAAGGUGGUAGAGAUGAGAAUGUUGAGAUGUAUGUGCGGGUACACCAAGUUAUAUAAAAUUAGGAAUAAGGUUAUUCGCGACAAGGUGAGUGUGGCUCCUAUUGAGGAUAAGAUGCGGGAAGUGACCCUUAAGUGGUUUGGACAUGUGAGGAGGAGAAGCACGGACGCCCUAGUGAGGAGGUGUGAGAUGUUGACAUUUGAGGGCUUAAGGAGAGGUAGAGGUAGGCCGAUCAAGAAUUGGGGAGAGGUGAUUCGGAAAAACAUGGCGCAGCUUCAGCUGACCGAGGUCAUUACCUUUGAUAGUAAGGUGUGA